AUGGUUCUGUUCGCGAUGAUUACGCGUGUUUCAGAUGGAAUGCCUUCCACCGACCUCGACAUGCAUUUUGAGCUUACUGAUAUAGAAAGCAAGAGGCUUGCCAAAAGUUCAGCAAGAAAGGCUAAUCAUUAUCCUACUAGAUGUUCCAUGCAAUGUGGAAAACAUAUGAUAUACUUUGUGAAUGCAGCUGUUGGGGUUUGUUUCUUGGCUGUCUGUAAAGGAACCUAUCCAGCUGUUUUGGUUUUCUGUUUCCUUGAAGAACUUCAGCGAAAGUUUGUGAUGACAUUUCAAAGUCAAGACUUUCAAAGUCAAGACGUUCAAAAAGCAAAGAGACCAUAUUCAUUCAUAGAAUUUGUUGAGCGAUAUUCACUAAUUGAUAAGGAUUUUGUGAGUUGCAGUGCAUAA